AUGGCGGAAGAAGCACACUCCAUCUGUAAAGAAAGAAGUAUUAUCCAGGAGAAUCACUCAGCAGAAGUAUCAUCCAGAAAUUCUCAGUCGCUCGUUGAUAGUCUUUUAUUUUUCUUUUCUUAUAUUUUUUCUUAUUCAACAUUCGUUUCCGGUAUAUUAGAGUCAGUGCUCAAGAGGAUAAGGUCUCUCCUGGAGAUCAAGAUCACGCUUCACAGCAUCAAUUUUUUGGCAUAUUUUGGGGAAUAUCCAACGGUGGCUGCAAAGCCAAAAAUAUUUUCUACAAUCUCCACUUCCCCUAAUCUUUUGUGGAUCUUACGAUGCUUCAAAAGCUAAAAAUGUAAAUAUUU